AUGGCUUCAUAUGAAGAUCUCGCUCCUCUGUAUUGGGAUGCAGAGGAGUGGGACUACAGUACCUGGUCAGAGGAUGACAACCCCCUGACCGAUGAUGAAGACCUCCAGAUCCUUCUUCACGGGGUUCUAGACGAAGACGACGACGACUCCUGGGAUGGCGACUUCUUUUCUUCCUCGGAAGAAGAUACCCAGAUUAUUUCUUCGGACGGUGAUUCAGCAGCGAGAAGAUACCUCUGCGGCGGAUCGUCGUCUUCAGAGGACGACAAAGACUCCAGAGACGACGCCAGUCGUGGCAGUGAUGAUGGCGACGACAGCAGCAGCACUGGCGACGGCGAUGACGACGACUCCAGUGUUUCCCCCCCGUAUAAGCGCCACAUAACCCUAGGGGCUUACUGGUGGUAG